GUCCAAUGGCCCACAGUUACAGCUCAUAGUUUAAAUUCACCCAUAAAACAUUCAUAUCUGUUUGCAAUUGAGCUCGCGCAGAGUCUCUAGAUAUACUUUAUUCAUGUAGCUGGCAGCAGCAGUAUGCCAGUGCUGAAAUAUGAAUGAGACAUUUGGAAAGACCUUCCUCUGAAUCAGCAUUUCCCCUGCGAGUGUGGUCCUCUAGUCACCAUAAGACAGGACAAGGACAGAAAUGAAGCGGUAAAGCUUCUCUGAAUGUGUGUCUCACACACACCUCCACACAUACAAGUAUUACACCAAGCAUCCCUCAGUUCAUCAAGGUCUCCGUGGUGGCUCAGAGGGCACUAUGUUGAAUUUGGAUGUGGUACAUCUUUGUUGUGUGGAGAUGUGUGGAUGCUGACAGGGCCUUCCCCGGUGGGCCAGCGCAGAUUGAUGGAUAUGCUAGAGGCACUCUCCCCUCAAAGGUGUUUGCGUGAAACGCUUUGACUGAGCGACAAGAGAAUAACCGUGUACCUCCCAAGGCAUGGCAUCCAACUCUAAUCACCCAGCAGAUAACCGGAGGCCACUUCAGCCUGCAGAGUUAUGCUGACAGCCAUGUCACGAAGAAGCCAUCGACUCGAGAAUUCAGGAUAUUAUGAUGAAAAUAUGGAGCCUAUAAUAUCCUAUAAAGAGACUCUGCAUAGGAUUUUCAAGAGGCGGAGAAAUCGUCGUCAGCCCAAGAGAAGAGAGGCCAUCAUCAACAAGAGCGACAACAACAGAGGCUUCACUACAUACAACCUGAUUUUGUCCCUUCUUUAUUGUGGACUAGUCUACAUGAUUCUGAACCACAACUUUGUUGAUCAUGGACUGACAGAAUCACCGGUCUCACCAACCAUCACAAUUGAGGAUCCAACUGCGAUUUAUACAAAUAUAGAGAAGCGUCUGAGACACCUGCAGGAUGAGGUGCUGAGGUUCAAGGAAGAGAUGAACUCCCUCCUUCCAGUUGCAGACGUUAUGCCCAACUUUGCCCUGGAGUCACUGGGGUCAAGAGUUGUAUUUUCCAGAUCAUCAGAAGCGUACCAGACACAAGAGGCACACCUGACGUUUUUGGGAAUACCUCUGAGGAAACCACCUGUCAGCCCGAGGGUUGUUAUUCAGGGACACUCACCUCUGCUCCCGGGUCGUUGUUGGGCCUUUGCAGGUGGACAGGGGCAUUUGUUCAUCACCCUUUCUGACCCAGUCACCAUCAGCCAUGUGACACUGGGUCACAUUUCAAAGGACAUAUCUCCAACUGGCGCCAUAACCAGUGCCCCCAAGGAGUUUUCUGUCUAUGGAAUGAAGAAUGUAAAUGACGAGGAAACUCACCUGGGAACUUUUUUCUAUGAUCAGGAUGGGGAUCCAGUACAGACUUUCAAGAUACCUAAUCAUAAAAAUGGGUUCAACUUUGUGAAGCUGCAAGUGAACAACAACUGGGGCCAUCCUGAUUACACAUGUCUGUACAACUUCAGGGUCCAUGGGAAAUUAGCAAACAGAGGAGAAAGAUCACCACAGGGUUGUGGUGAGUAUUGAGGUGAAGCAAAGUAUUGUAAAUAAUAAUCAUUAAAUUAUAGAUGUUUUUUUUUAUUUUCUUUAAUUUAUGUCGUGGAAUUUGGAGCCAUGAAAGUACCAGCAAAUUUUUGCUUAUUUUUAUUUAUUUAUUUUUUUAGUGGGUUUGUGAAAGGGAAGUCAGUGAGGUAGUUGGGGGUG